UAGGUGAAGGCUGUGAUCAGAACCCUCCACUGCUCCCCAAUCCGGUUUCUGCAGAUUUAAGCAAGCCAUCCAGCUACUUUCUCAACAUGUGCCGGGGUUUAGCUGCACUGCCUGCUAGCUGCUUGGAAAGAGCCAAAGAAUUUAAAACACGUUUGGGAAUUCUGCUUCAUAAACCAGAGUUUGGACAUAAAAUUGGGAACUUCAGCUGGAGCACCAAACAAAAAUAUUCUUUGGAGGAAGCACUUGGAUGGAAGGAGUCCUUUGAUCAACUGCUGAGAAGCAGAAGUGGCAUGGCAGCAUUUCAUGGGUUUCUUAAAACGGAAUUUAGUGAAGAAAAUCUGGAGUUUUGGCUCGCCUGUGAAGAAUAUAAGAAAAUCCCCCCCAAAGCAAAAUUAGCAACCAAAGCCAACAGGAUCUUUGAAGACUUUGUUCAGAAUGAGGCCCCCAGGGAGGUAAAUCUUGACCAUGAAACUCGAGAAGCAACCAGAAGGAACCUUGCUGUGGCCACUUCUACAUGCUUUGAAGAAGCACAAGCAAAAACAUACAUCUUGAUGGAGAAGGACUCCUAUCCCAGAUUUCUGAAAUCUGCUUAUUACAGAGACCUGAUUGAACAAAUAAAUGACCACAGAACAGGCAAACCUGCACACACCUGAGCCGAUCCCUUGUCAUCAUCUGGAACUGUGUUGGGGAACAGAGACACAGAAUGAAAAACUGGAGAGGCUGGAGUCCAAGUGGAGGGUGCCAAGAACAUUUCAGUUGCAGAGCUUUGGUUGGGAUUUUUUUCCUGGCCUGGAUGCCUGGGACCGCCAAUGCUUCCAUGCACCCAGAAGCUCUACAAAAAUGUAGACCUUCUUUAGAAAAGAGGCUGCAAGUUGAAAAAAAAUGGGAAAGCCUAUGAAAAAGGCUGGAGAAGUUGAUGAAAAGAGAACUCUGGUCUCCAAACAGGAAGAGAAAUGCAACAGGAAAGGGAAUGAGAAAUACUCCUAAAAUGUUUACCAUUCAUCUGUGCAUUCAUCUGUCUGAACCAGUGAUAGUCUCCAUCUAGUCUCAAAAGCUAGUCUCUGCACCUAUAAACACAGACCAAAAAGUGUACAUAGCACAACUCUCAUAUCUUCUAUUCACAGCAGACACCAGUUUGAGAUUUCUGCCCAUUGCAUGUCAGCCUCAGAGGCCUUCAGUUCUCUGCAUGUUUGUACAGUGAUCAGCUUGGUGUGUUCCAGAGCUUUGCAUCCAAACGGUUUUGCAUUUAUACUCAAGAGGAAGGUUUCACCUGCUUUGCUACUUCAUACAUCUCAAUCUUCUGCCAUCUUGGGACAGAUUUCCUUUUAAAGACAUUUGAAAGAAGACCUUGUUUUAUUUAUGUCUGAACAUUAUAUGCAAUUUUGGGAGAUGUGCCCUAUUUUUUACUUAUUUAUAUUUAUUAUUGUCAUUUUAUUGUUAUUUAUUAUGAUGGGGCAUUAGAUAAGCACAGCACUUUAGAAGUAGGUGCUAUGGAUAAAUUAUUGCUACAAGGAGCCUAUAAUUGCAAGUGGGCCUUUUAGCCACAUUCAUAGCAUUUACAGAAUAUACUUAUAGGGGACAUUUACAGAUUAUUUUUAAGAAAAGAGGGAGACAGGCAAGACCACCUCUACAAAUAUAAGUCCGUUAGAAUUGUUCGUUUACCUCACAAUGUUUUAUGAACAUACUGAUACAUACAUUUAGUCAUUUAAAGCUCAUUUGAUAGUCUGAAUGUGGAAAAAGAAGGGACAAAAUUUCCAUUGAACUAUUUCCUGUUUGCUUUGUGGAGAUAAUUUGUAUCAUCACUGUUGACUGGAUGGUGUAAAACUUAAAUUCCAGGGCUUCAUUUCACAAAUCACUUGUUGAACAGUAGAUUCAAUAAAAGUUGAAAAUAAAACAUAACCAGUAGGAUAGUUCAUUUGUGACUUUCCUUUAGGAUGUGCUUUUUAGAGCACCAUACUACAUUGAAAAUAAUGACAAUUGUUCAUAUUCUAUUAGUAGCACAACUGAGACAUAUAUAGAUCAGAGACAGUUCUGAGUGACUGAAUCCCAAUUAACUUAUUUAAAAUAUAUCCUGUCUUUCUUGUUUAACCAGCUGCAAAGUAAAUAAUUGUAAGCCUGCUUAGAAUUGUUUAUAUGACUGAGAUACUGAAAAUGGCUGGAAGGAAACCAAAGUUUUACACAAUGACUUAGCAAUUUCUAUUGCUUUUGACUAGUUCAUGAGUGCAUGUUCAGAACCGAUUGUAGCAUCAAGUGACAUGGGACUGAGCGAUUAUAGAUUAAAUACAUAUUGUAUUACUCAUCCUCAUAUUUUAAUACCAACACAAUACUUUCUCUGGACAUUGUUUUCUAUGUUUGGCUGAGAGUCUGUGGUACAAAUGAAUGUAUAAACUAGUUUUCCAUUUAAUUUCUGAAGCCUUUAGCACAGAUAUAGAGAGGGAAGGUACAGAAGAGAUACAUUUAAAUUGAGCAACAUUAUAUACUAGCCAUCCCAACUUCAUGGCCUCAUGAUGUGUUGAACAUUUUUAGAUUGCCAGAAUUGCCAGACAGAUCGUUUGGUUGAAUGCAAUUUCUGAUCUAACUAUUCUGGAACAGUACCGCAACUAUAUCUGAGUUGUACUUCUUAGCAGUGGUUAAACAGCUAUCAUAGACACUAGUAAAUGGCCAAAUACCAGUGAAAAUAAAUGUAUCUUUUUCUGCAGCAGGGGUCUUGAAAAUAAAUUCUUUAUCCAUUCUCAGCAUGUCUAGAUGAGGUGUAUCCCAAGCCAAGUACAGAUUCCUUUUUGCAUUCUGUGGAAUACCAAAAGGACCUGCAUUCUGAAAUGAUUCUCCUGAUUGUUUGGCCCUUAUUUAGAUCAACUGUAAUAAAGAGGUGCCUGAAACAGGUUUCUAUUCCAUUGGCAUCCAGUCAUCUAUGGUGAAAACCUCCUUCUAUGACUUUAUUGGUGAAAGAUCAUUAGCCUUGUUAUGUAUAGCAAUUCUUUAAAAAAAAACAGAAGACAACUUCUAAACAGGGGCAGGGGAAAGGAUUCUUAACGCAUCUGAAUAUACAGAUCCAUUGAAGUAGUUCCCUACAACUGCCUUGGUUCUUUUUAAUACUGAUUUUAUUGAGACAUUCUUCAGAACACGCAUUUUUACAGACAUAAAUUGGACCUAGAGCUAAAAUUUAACUAAGAAAUGUUAGAGGCCCUUCCAGUGGUCAACAAUAAAGUGGCUAGAGCAUCCCUGUAGUUUCUCUGGUCAAAACGGUAGGAAUCCCCUCUAAUCCAAAAUUGAUUAGACAUCAUUCUCAUCUAAAAGUCCAGAUUGGGAUUUGAACUUUGCUAAGGCCAGAAUGGCUUGGAUAUGUAUUACUUAUUCACCAGUGGAGGUGGUACUAUAUUCUCGUUCUUUCAGUGAAUGAUUGAGAUACUGCAUUGUGGUUUCAUGAAUGUUGUAUUGUC